GAUGGCGGCCGUGCCGGGGUCGGUGGCCGCAGCUCCUGCGGGGCGACGCGCGGGCCGGGCCCACUGAGGCGGCGGCGCAGGGAGCGGGGCUGCGGGGUCGCGGCGGCGGCGGCGGGAGAGCGGCGGGAGCGCGCGGCACCCUUAACUUCUAGUCGCGGGAGCGCGCCGGCAUCCGCCCGCCGGGCCGGCCGGUCGCUAUGUCCGGCGCCGAGGAGGCCGGCGGGGGCGGCCCGGCCGCGGGGCCCGCGGGCGCUGUGCCGGCCGGGGUCGGGGUCGGGGUCGGGGUCGGAGCCGGGCCCGGGGCGGCCGCCGGGCAGGCGGCGGCGGCGGCGCUGGGCGAGGCGGCGGGGCCUGGGCUCCCGGACGAGGCGGGCUUGGCGGGCGCCCGGCAGCUACAGCUGCAGGAGGCGGCCGGCGACCCCGACGCGCCGCCCAAGAAGCGGCUGCGGGCAGCCGAGGCGGCCGAGGCGGCGGCGGCGGCGGCGGCGGCCGGCAGCGGGAAACUGGAGGAGCGGCUCUACUCGGUGCUGUGCUGCACCGUGUGCCUGGACCUGCCCAAGGCCUCCGUGUACCAGUGUACUAAUGGUCACUUGAUGUGCGCUGGCUGUUUUAUCCACCUACUAGCAGAUGCCCGGCUGAAGGAGGAGCAGGCCACGUGCCCCAAUUGUCGUUGUGAGAUCAGUAAGAGCCUCUGCUGCCGGAACCUGGCUGUGGAGAAAGCCGUGAGCGAGCUGCCUUCAGAGUGUGGCUUCUGCCUGCGCCAGUUUCCCCGCUCCCUCCUGGAGAGGCACCAGAAAGAGGAAUGCCAGGACAGGGUAACCCAGUGCAAGUACAAACGCAUCGGCUGCCCGUGGCACGGCCCCUUCCACGAGCUGACAGUGCACGAAGCUGCAUGUGCCCACCCGACCAAGACAGGCAGCGAGCUGAUGGAGAUCCUAGAUGGGAUGGACCAGAGCCACCGCAAGGAGAUGCAGCUGUACAACAGCAUCUUCAGCCUGCUCAGCUUCGAGAAGAUCGGCUACACAGAGGUCCAGUUCCGGCCGUACCGCACAGAUGACUUCAUCACGCGCCUGUACUACGAGACACCCAGGUUCACAGUGCUGAACCAGACGUGGGUCCUGAAGGCUCGCGUCAAUGACUCGGAGCGCAACCCCAACCUGUCGUGCAAGCGUACGCUGUCCUUUCAGCUCCUCCUCAAGAGCAAGGUCACAGCACCACUGGAGUGCUCCUUCCUGCUGCUCAAGGGCCCCUACGAUGACGUGAGGAUCAGCCCUGUCAUCUACCACUUCGUCUUCACCAACGAGAGCAACGAGACGGACUACGUGCCACUGCCCAUCAUUGACUCCGUGGAGUGCAACAAGCUGCUGGCCGCCAAGAACAUCAACCUGCGGCUCUUCCUGUUCCAGAUACAGAAGUAGGGCAGGGCCUCAGGACGCCCAAGGAGCUGACGGGCAGCAUCCCAGCACCGCUGCCCUGUCCACCUGGCUGGCAGCUGCUUCACGGGACUAUCUGAUCAUUUUAGCAAAGGAGGAGAACAAACGAAGCCAACACAGGGCAAGUCUGCAUGUGUGCGUGACAGGACCCCCGCCUCCGGCUCACCCCCUGACCCCUGCCUCCCCUCCUUCCGAGGGCCGCCAGAGGCUGGGCUGACCCGAAGAGGAGAUGGUGCACCAGGCACCCCGAGGCUCAGAGACGGUGGCAGCAAGGAGGCCGAGAGGCACAGCGACCCUGCCCCAGCCCUUCGGUGCAGUCAGGCGGCAGGGCUGCUCCAUCCCUGCGGGUUCCGGCCGGGCGCGGGGGCCUUGCUGACGUCAGACGGGAUAUCCGAAUAUCUGAUAGCAAUUAAAAGGCAGCCUUGUUUCGUACUUUCUGUUUUGUUCGAGGGGAAGGCAUGGCUGUGAAUGGACAGCGUGGGAGCUUUGGUUUGGCCUGGGGGUCAGAGCCUGCCCCGUCCCCAUCUCUGUGCCCGCACACGUUCCCCGAGGAAGACUCAGAGACGCUGCCUCCCCCUACACUCUGUCAUGGGGUCUUGAGACUGAGGCUUGGGCAGGGAGAUCCAGGUAGGGUCGGGGCUGCCCUGGCCAACUGGCCACUCCCAGGGAGACAGGACUCAGCCACAGGGCUCAGCAGACAUUUUCGGAAAGCAGGGUGAAAUUGUCUCUUCCCAGGAAAAAGAUUAAACUCCUUGCAGGCUCUUUGAUAAGUUACACAA